ACAGCCCGGUGUGAUGUCGCUGUGAAGAAGAAGAAGAAGAAGAAGACUGGACCGUGUUUAUCUGCGGCUCGGUUCUAACUGUGGGCGCCAUGUUGCCUCCGUCUUGUCUGGAGCUCUUCAGCUCUUCUUCACUGUCUCAUGUGAACACCGGAGCGGUGGCGCUUCUCCUCCUGGGGCUUUGUUUACUUCACUUGUAUCGCAACCGACGGGAGUUCGCCAACAUCCCCCCGGGUCCCACACCGUGGCCGGUGGUCGGGAACUUCGGCGGCUUCCUGGUGCCCUCGUUCCUCCGGAGGAAGUGGGCCCGCUCCGGCUCCGGGGAACCGGGGGAACCGGUGAGGAACGCCGCGGUGCUUCUCACGGAGCAGGCGGACGUGUACGGUCCCGUGUUCAGCCUGUUCGCAGGGAAGCAGCUGAUCGUGGUGCUGACCGGGUACGAGGCGGUGAGGGAGGCGCUGCUGAAGCACCCGGAGGAGUUCUCCGACCGGCCGGACAUCCCCAGCGUCUCCAUCAUGACCAAACGGAAAGGAAUCGUCUUUGCACCUUACGGUCCGAUUUGGAAAAAGCAACGCCGGUUCUGCCACACCAUGCUCCGGACGUUUGGCUUUGGGAAGUUGAGCUUUGAGCCCAGCAUCGUUCAAGGUGUGGCUACCAUCAACACGGAGCUGCUUCGACUGAACGCAGAGUCCGGGGGCGCCGGUGUGGACAUGGCUCCGCUCGUCAGCAACGCCGUGUCCAACGUCAUCUGCUCGAUGACCCUGGGCCAACGCUUCCACCAUGAAGACGUCGAGUUCCGCAAGUUGCUGAGCCUGAUGGAGCGCGGGCUGGAGAUCUGCGUCAACAGCCCCGCGGUCCUCAUCAACAUCUUUCCGUUUCUCUACUAUUUGCCCUUUGGUGUCUUCAAGGAGCUGAGGCAGGUGGAACGAGACAUCACCGUGUUUCUGAAGAGCAUCAUUGCCAAUCACAGGGAAACAUUAGAUCCUGAGAACCCGAGGGAUCUUGUAGACAUGUACCUGAAGGAGAUGCUGGCCCAGCAGGCUGCAGGACAGGAGGACAGCAGCUUCACAGAGGAUUAUCUCUUUUAUAUCGUGGGAGAUCUCUUCAUCGCAGGCACAGACACCACCACCAAUUCAGUUCUGUGGAUUCUGCUCUACAUGGUUUUAUAUCCUGAUAUCCAACAAAAGGUUCAGGCGGAGAUUGAUGACGUGGUGGGGAAACAUCGGGUCCCGUCUCUGACUGAUAAAGGAAGUUUGCCCUUUACCGAAGCCACCAUCAUGGAGGUGCAGAGGUUAAUUGUAGUGGUUCCUCUGGGUAUCCCGCACAUGGCCUCCAAGACAACAGAGUUCAGAGGCUACACUAUUCCCAAAGGAACAGUUAUUCUGCCCAAUCUGUGGUCUGUCCAUCGAGAUCCCAGUGUGUGGGACGAGCCAGACACUUUCAACCCGGCACGUUUCUUGAGUGAUGAUGGAACGUUGCUUAGGAAAGAUUGCUUUAUGCCAUUUGGGAUUGGUCGUAGGGUGUGCAUGGGCGAGCAGCUGGCGAAGAUGGAGCUGUUCCUGAUGGUGACCUGUUUACUCCAGGCCUUCAGAUUCCGACUCCCAGAGGGGAAAGCUCCUCCUCCUCUGCACGGGCGCUUCGGCCUGACGCUGGCCCCCUGCCCCUUCACUGUGUGUGUGAGCCCUCGGAGCUGAGACACCUGGUUUGAACAGAUUUUUAGUAAACAGGGUUUCCUGAUGCUCAUGACCUUUUAAAUAAGGGAGAGAGGAAAACGUGGAUAAAACAAAGGUCUCCUGGAGAGACCAUUGAAUACAUUUGGUUUAUCAAUAAUAUUUCAAAUAUGAUUUUAACAAUGGAAUGAUUCUUUCACUUUAUUAUUUUAAAAGAUUAUAUGAAUAACCACACAUACAUGCUCAUGUCCUUUAUUGGGGCACGAGAAAAAGGAUGAUUUUAAUUUGUUAAUAUAUUUCCUCACUGACUUGAUCUAUGGAUUAAUCACAACCUCUUGAUAAAGAGAGAUUAUUUUAAUUAUUACAUUAAUUUAUCUUCGGUCAUUAAUAUAUUUCCUUUUCUCAUUGUUUUCAAAGUUUUUUUUUAAAUUAUUAUUAUUAGAAUGGGAUUGUUGUGGCCCUGAGUUUUUUCAGGAAGUGUUGUUAGCUCAGUGUUAAAAACUUUCACGGACGCAAUGUGCAAUGAAAUGUUUAUGUCAGUGGUUCAGAAUGACAGUAAUAUACAAAGAUUAUAUGAAAUUGAACCAGUGCCCGGGAACCACUGAUAUAUGUAAAUAUCAUCAUUUAAGUCAUGUUUUUAAUUCUGAAAGAAUGAAGUGAUUCCAAAUUUUCAUAUUGAAAACAAAUCAAUGAAAUAUAUAUUGUCAUAUACAUAUACUGUUAUAUUGUUAUAACAGUCCACCAGCAGGGGUCAUUCUAGGACUUUUUAUAAGGUGUGAAUAUGCAAUAAGGUCUGGUGAAGACACAUGAACUGUGUACCUUAAAGAUAUAUUUAGGUCAAAGAAAGUGAAUUCUAACAAUAAUAUAUAACUUCAUAAACAAAAUCAUCUCAGAGCUGGAAAAGAGACGAAGCUGCGACUUCUGGACAAUCACGUUUGAAGCUUAUGAUGUGUUUAAAGGGCAUUAAAAAUGCGUUUGCUGAUUUUCAA